AGAAAAUAUCAAUCAAUCAUUAUACUACCUUGCAAAGUAUAAAACGAUCAUUAUAUAAAUUGCCACACAGAAAACUUCAACGCCGUUUCUCAUUCUUAAUCGCUCUCGAUAUAAUCUCUCUUUCUCAAUCAAGCAAGCAAACCUCCGGGCAUCAAUCAAAGUGUAGGUUUCACGAGUUAUCCAAAGGAACAAGAAUGUUUACUCGGCUAUUCGGUAAACCCAAGGUGGAGACCAAUACUCUCCAUACAUUAGACAAGCUUAAUGAGACACUUGAGAUGCUGGAGAAGAAGGAGGGUGUUCUUCUCAAGAAGGCUGCUGGAGAGGUUGAGAGAGCCAAGGAAUUCUCCAAGGCCAAGAACAAACGCGCGGCUAUACAAUGUUUGAAAAGGAAGAGGUUAUAUGAGCAACAAGUUGAACAGCUUGGAAACUUCCAGCUCCGUAUCCAUGAUCAAAUGAUUAUGUUGGAGGGUGCCAAAGCAACAACUGAGACUGUAGAUGCUUUGAGGACUGGUGCUGCUACUAUGAAAGCUAUGCAGAAAGCUACAAACAUUGACGAUGUUGACAAGACAAUGGAUGAGAUCAAUGAGCAAACAGAUAACAUGAAACAGAUCCAGGACGCAUUGUCCGCUCCAUUUGGCUCUGCUGCUGAUUUCGAUGAGGAUGAAUUGGAAGCAGAACUUGAAGAACUUGAAGGCUUGGAGCUAGAGGACCAACUUCUUCAGCCAGCAAGACCCGUUCAUGAAGGAAAGCAACCUGCUCGUCCUCUACCUCAGAAGCAACACUCCGCUCAUGAAGAUGAACUCGCUGCACUACAGGCUGAGAUGGCACUCUAAGGUUACCUUAUAAAAACAAACAACGGGUUCUGUUUACUGCAUCGUAAGGGUUUGAGUGUGCAUUAUUUAAAAAAAAAAAGAAACAGAAAUGAAAAAUUGUUAUGUACAUUAUACAAAGUAUCCGAGUCAAAUUGAUCGGAUAGAUUAUUUUAUAUACAAUUUGACUUAUAAGCUUUUAUUUAUUUA